UUUUUAAGCAAAAUAAAACAAUUGACAAACUGCUUAUUAUAAUGCUCGUGAACACAUCAAAUUUGCAUUUGUAAUCCUGAAUGGACAACCUAUGUUGAGCCUGUUAUGAAGUACCCGCAGCUGGUAUCUGGCCGGACAGUGUCUGGCAUCGGAGGCUGGUUAUCCACUGAACUUGAUUCACACGGUUUAGACGGCCGAGUCUACGCUAGACUUGUGCUGUCUCUUCUACAUGCACCAGUCGAAUUCAACCCAAGAGAUCUGCGAGAGGCAACUAGUGCUAUUGAGAAUAAGAAGAAUAGGAAAAGCACACAAGUUGUAGAGGAAGAUUGCUUGUGGUUUGAAACAAAUCACGGUCUGUGGACUUCUGAACAAGCUAAACGCUACGCUGCUGUAGAAUGUCUCAAAUCAGCUUCUGAACAGAAGGCUGGAAUUGAAAGCUUAGUUGAUGAGCUUUGUGCAAAGCUUCGCGAGAUCGAAAACGAACAAUCUCCCGAAAAAGAUUUUCAACAAGCAAACUCAACAGAAAAUAUGCUAAACGCUGUGAAAAUCCUGUCGAACUGGCCAAUAAAUAUUAUGCUGCAUUUCCUGCAUUAUCUGGUGAAUUAA